CUGUCCUCACCCAGGAAGUCAUCAUGUCUUGCCGCUCCUACAGAGUCAGCUCUGGUCGCCGCAUGGGCAACUUCAGCUCUUGCUCAGCAGUGACCUCCCAGAACCUGAACCGCUUCCGGGCCAGCUCUGUCUCCUGCAGGAGUGGGCCCGGCUUCCGGGGUCUUGGCAGCUUUGGUAGUCGGAGUGUCAUCGCUUUUGGAUCGUGCUCACCCCGGAUGGCAGCAGUAUGCCCUCGUCCCAUCCGCUGUGGAGUUGGCUUUGGUGCUGGCAGUGGGAUGGCCUUUGGCUUUGGUGAUGGGAGUGGUGCUGGUCUGGGCUUUGGGGCCAGCGGUUGUGUUGGUCUGGGAUUUGGAGCCAACAGUGGCCUUGGUUAUGGCUUUGGCCGCCCUGGCUUUGGCUACAGAGUUGGAGGAGUUGGAGUCCCAGCAGCCCCAUCUAUCACAGCAGUAACUGUUAACCAGAGCCUGUUGACCCCCCUCAACCUGGAGAUUGAUCCCAAUGCCCAGAGGGUGAAGAAGGAUGAGAAGGAGCAAAUCAAGACCCUCAACAACAAAUUUGCCUCCUUCAUUGACAAGGUGCGGUUCCUGGAACAGCAGAAUAAGCUCCUAGAGACCAAGUGGAAUUUCCUCCAAGAGCAGAAAUGUGCCAGGAGCAACCUGGAGCCCCUCUUUGAGAACUAUAUCACCAACUUGCGGAGGCAGCUGGACGUAGUUAACAGUGACCGGGCCCGGUUCGAGGCUGAGAGAAACCACAUGCAGGAUGUCCUUGAGGGUUUCAAGAAGAAGUAUGAAGAGGAGGUAGGAUUCCGGGCCAACGCUGAGAAUGAGUUUGUGGCUCUGAAGAAGGAUGUGGAUACAUCUUUCUUAAAUAAGUCUGAUCUAGAGGCCAACGCAGAUACCCUAACUCAGGAAAUUGACUUUCUCAAAGCCUUAUACAUGGCGGAAAUCCAAUUGCUGCAGUCACACAUCUCGGAGACAUCGGUCAUCGUGAAGAUGGACAACAGCCGGGACCUGAACUUUGAUGGAAUCAUCGACGAAAUCAAGGCGCAGUAUGAAGAGGUUGCCAGGCGCAGUCGGGCUGAUGCUGAGGCGUGGUACCAGACCAAGUACGAGGAGAUGCGGGUGACAGCCGGCCAGCACUGUGACAACCUGCGCAACACACGGGAUGAGAUCAAUGAGCUGACCCGCCUGAUCCAGAGACUGAAGGCAGAGAUUGAGCACUCCAAGGCUCAGCGGGCCAAGCUGGAGGCUGCGGUGGCCGAGGCAGAGCAGCAGGGCGAGGCGGCCCUCAAUGACGCCAAGUGCAAGCUGGCGGAUCUGGAGGGCGCCCUGCAGCAGGCCAAGCAGGACAUGGCCCGGCAGCUGCGAGAGUAUCAAGAACUGAUGAACGUCAAGCUGGGCCUGGACAUCGAGAUCGCCACCUACAGGCGCCUGCUGGAGGGCGAGGAGAUCCGGAUCUGCGAAGGUGUUGGACCAGUAAACAUAUCUGUGAGCAGCUCCCGGGGUGCCGUGGUGUGUGGGCCUGAACCCCUGGUCGCCAGCUCCACCCUCUCCCGCGGUGGGGUCACUUUCUCGGGCAGCAGUUGCAUCCGGUCCAGCAAUGCCUGUGGCUCCAGCCUGGGUGGGACCCGGAUCGUCACGGCCGGCGGGGACCUACUGAAUGUGGGCUCCCGGGGUGGCUCCGUGCUCACGAGCGAGGCCUGCGUCCCCAGUGUCCCCUGCCCGCUGCCCACCGAAGGGGGCUUCAGCAGCUGCAGCGGGGGCCGCGGCAGCCGUAGCUCCAGCAUCCGCCUCGUGUCCACCACCACCUCCCGCCGGACCAAGUACUGAGAGGCCAGUGCCAGCCAGCCGCUUCCCAGGGAAGAGCCAUCUCAAUGUCACCUGCUUCUGUCCCCAGAGGCGUCUGGACUCUGGGCCAGAGGGGAUUCCAGCUACCCCUCCUGCCAGGAGGCCGACACUGCCCUCCCCAGGGAUGGAUCCGCCCAGCCCCUGUCCUCUGGGGGGAUUUUCUCACUACCUAGACGCUCUGUCCGCAGCCCCAGUACACUGGCUUCUCCCUGACUCCCCAUUCCUGUCCUUUGAAUCGCUCUCCACCAUUGAACAGCCUGAAGAAAUGCGCAUUCAAUACAGUCACACAAAUCAGUGCGCCAGGGAGAAAAGGAACUGUCCAAAGCCAAAAAGAAUGUGCUUGGGUAGCAUUGCCACCCAUGCCUUGGACUAAUUUGGAGAAUGGAGAGUUGGCUGUCCACACUGCAGGCGUCUUUAGCCCACUGUCCUUUGCUUCCUUCUUCUUCCUUUCCCUGGCAGGAGAAGGUUCUUUCCUUCUCUUCCUCCCCCAGAAGGACUCCCAGUCCUUCGUGGCCCGAGGAUCUCUAAGUCCCCUGAGAUGGUUCUUCUCCAAGUGGCAGAUGUCCUAGCUGCUUCUCUCCCAGGGUCAUUGGUUUAAUUCCAGCAUGUGAGUGCA